AUGUUCCUGAGAAGGAAACCGCCCCAGCUACUGGUUCUCGAGGAGCUUCAGCAAACCUACAACGAUGUGUGCAACCUGUCUGUCAAGAACCUCCACUUGGAGGAAACGGGCCACUUGGCCGACGCCCUCAAGGGCUGGAAGUCGCUCCACACGCUGUUGCUCUACAAGGUCGACAUUUUUGAAAAGUCGUCCAAAAUCGGCAUGGACGAGCAGACCAUUCUUCUGGAGCUCAAGGCCAUCAGAGACGAGAACGUCAAGCACUUGGUCAGGAUCCAGCUCCGUCUAGACGAAGAAAAUCGCCGCCGCAAACGCUCCACUGAGCCUGUGGUCCAGCUGCUGCACGGCUCCUCCAACCACAAGAUGACCAUACCUUCCCUAAGAAACAGCAAUCCGUCCAGCCGAUCACUCAACAGCAACAACCAGAGGCAGAUGAUGAAGUCGCUCAGACCGCAGCCGGCGUCGUACAAGCUCUCGCAGAAAAACAGAGACACUGUCCAGGCGGCUGUGGCGAAGCUGUGGAGCAAGCCUGCCAAACCACAACCUGCGAAGCUGGAAGAGGUGAUGUUUGACGACUUUGACCAGACAGAGUACGCUGGCAACGGCAACUGGGAGCGGCUCAACUCCCACGACCUGGCGUCCACGUCAAAUGGCCUGUUCAACUCCAACACAAGCAACCUCAUUGAUUUGGAGGAUGAGAACGGCGAUGAGCUCCAUUUCUUCGACGACGGCCUCAGCAAGCUGGUGAACGACUUGACGUUGAAAAAGCUGCCUCCACCGCCGCCUCCUCCCAGAGCAAGACAGGUAUCUGUCAAACCACCCCCAGUACCCACUGAAUCUCCUCCUAGGCCACUGGCCUCGCUAGACAAGCCUGCAAUCACACACAACUCCAAGUCCACCUCCGACGUGCCUGUGGCGGCACCACCGAAAAAGUACGUUUACCAGCAGCCGGCUCGUAUCGACGUCAAGAAGAUGAUGGCUGCAAGCAGCUCCAAGGCCAAACAGGCCCAGGCAAAGACAGCAGCUGCCAAGAGCGCUACGACGAAACCAUUGCAAAAGACCCGCUCAGCACCUCCUCAGAAAACUGCUGCCAAGGUCGCCAGACCAGGCCAGAAGAGCUCCAACAUUACAUACAAAUACGUUCCAGCGACCAAACCGGGCACCAAACCAGCGGCUGCAGCUGCUACUAAAGCCCGGCCUCAAGCUGCCAAAGCUGCCACAGACGACUUGCCCAUGUCUCCCACAAUGGACGAUAUUCUCGGUGGCUACGACGACGAUGAUGAAUUUGCUAAUGGAGGGGAAACAGAUGGCAUGAACCCAUCUGAGCAGGAAGCCUUGAUCAAGUCUAUCAGAGGCAUUGACGAAGUCGCCGCAAACCAGAUCUUGAACGAUAUUGUCGUGAGAGGUGACGAGGUUUAUUGGGACGAUAUCGUAGGAAGCGGUGGUCUAUCCAUUUUUGCGUCCAGACUUGUUCCGUGGCCUUCGAGAACCUACAAGAGGUAUGCUUCUAUUUGGCCCCCUGGUACCGGUAAGACAAUGCUUGCCAGAGCCGUGGCAACCGAAUCGAAGAGUACCUUCUUCUCCAUCAGCUCAUCCUCUUUGACAUCUAAAUAUCUAGGUGAGAGUGAGAAGCUUGUGAAGGCAUUGUUCCUUCUAGCCAGGAAAUUGAGUCCCUCAAUCGUCUUUAUCGAUGAAAUUGACUCGCUUCUCGGCACGAGAACAGAGGGCGAAGUGGAGAGCAUGAGAAGAAUCAAGAACGAGUUUUUGGUCCAAUGGUCCGAAUUGUCAUCUGCUGCCGCAGGCAGGGACUCCAGCGCUGGCGAUGUGAGUCGAGUGCUUAUCUUGGGUGCUACAAACUUGCCAUGGGGCAUUGAUGACGCUGCCAGAAGAAGAUUCGCCAAACGUGUGUACAUUCCGCUUCCUGAAGACGAAACGAGGAAGUUGCAAAUUUUCAAGCUUUUGCAAUAUCAAAAACACACGCUUCUGGACGAGGACUUUGAAAAACUCGUUGACCUCACAAAGAGCUUCAGUGGAAGUGAUAUCACGUUGCUUGCUAAAGACAGUGCCAUGGGUCCGCUUCGUUCAUUGGGCGAUAAGCUUUUGAGCACGCCCACAGAAGAAAUCCGUCCUAUCCAGCUCUCCGAUUUCGUUGAGAGUUUGAAAUACAUCAGACCGAGUGUCUCGAGCGAGGGGCUAGGCGAAUACGAGAAAUGGGCCGCCCAGUUCGGAUCCUCGGGAGCAUAA